CCAUGACAACGCUGCAUGCAAAUGAUCGAGGCUGCCCGGGGACUGCAGAAAUGAGGAACCGAAAAGAGAAGCACAUCAUCUGGGGCACAAAAUCACGUAAGAUUGGAAGGCGGAUUGUGUGUAACAAGCAUGAGACUUGUCUCUUUAUGUAAACGGCCCCCGUUCCUCUUUCUCCACGCAUGGAUCUGAACAUCGGUCCCGGACUUUGCCUCUUGUGAAGUCGUGGUGACACAUACGACGAUGGAGGAGGGGAGAAUGAGUAUUGGUGCUCUGAGUGAAGAUGUCCUGAACAAGCUGUCUACCAUGUUGGACAACUCCUCCUGCGGGUGGAGGCAGCUGGCCGAUGCGGUGUCCGAGCAACCGAAAUUCCGCUGCAGUGAGAGGGAGCUGACCAACUGCUCACUCCAGGUGCUUAGCGUUGAAGGCAGCCCAGGACGUGCCCUCCUGGCAUGGCUAGCUGAUCGUUCCUGCUCCCUGGACUUCCUGCUUCACUGCCUGAGGAAGAUGGACCACAAGGAAGCUGUGCAGUACCUCACCACCACAGAGCUGAUCCAGAUCACCGUGCAGCCACAGUCCCAGCAGGCCACAGCGGGCAGCAGGGUGGUGUUGACCUGCAGAGCCUCUGGUCCCCCUGGACUCUGCUACCAGUGGUUCAGAGGCAAAGAGGAGAUUUUGGAUGCGACUGGGAGCACACCAGAGCUGGUCCUGUGUCCUUUAGCCCCGAUCCACCAAGGUCACUAUAUCUGUAGGGUGAAUCAUGGAGAAAACGGCAUCUUCUCUCAGUGGGCCCAUGUUCGCUUAGUCUGCUCUGCAGGCAGCAGCAGCAGCAGUCUGUUUCCAGGCUCAGUGAGUGGGCUGCUUAUUACCCAGCAGCCUCAGUCGCAAGCAGUGUCUGAGGGAGACACUUUGCUCCUGGAGUGCCAUGCGGAGGCAAACCCCCCUGCACAGUACGAGUGGUACCACAACAUGGUGCCCAUGAAACAACACAAGACUUGUUCCCUCAAGAUCCCAUGUGUUACCACAGCACACAGAGGACAGUUCAGAUGCAGGGUGUUCAAUUUGUAUCACGAGGCGUGGACAGACACAGCAGCAGUCACUAUUGGUCCCAGUUCCAUCACUGAAGCCUCGUGGGUAGAAGUUGACCGUGGUCUAGACUCACAGGAAGUACACAGGUCAACCUACGGACCAGGAGUAAAUCCACUACAACAGAUAGCCAAUCCGCCCCCAUCAGACAAGAAUUUCCAUGCAACAGACAAAGUAGCUCUCCUGAUCGGCAACAUGAACUACCGCUACCACACUCAGCUGAGUGCGCCCAUCGCUGACGUCCACGAGUUGACCAACCUACUUAGACAGAUGGACUUCAAGGUGGUUUCACUACUCGAUCUCAACUGGCAGGAGAUGCACAGCGCUGUUACAGAGUUCCUCUUGCUGCUUGACAAAGGAGUCUAUGGCUUGCUGUACUUUGCUGGUCAUGGUUAUGAGAAUUUUGGCAACAGCUUCAUGGUUCCCAUCGAUGCACCGUUCUCCUACACAUCAGAGCACUGUUUGUGUGUACAGAAUAUACUGACGAGGAUGCAGGAGAAAAAGACCGGACUUAAUGUAUUUCUGCUGGACAUGUGUCGCAAAAGAAACCCACAUGAUGAUAUCAUUGUACAACCAGGACUGAUCAAAGUGACAGCAAAUAUAGUGUUUGGAUACGCCACAUGCGUUGAUGCAGAAGCAUACGAAGUGAAAAGGGAGGAAGUGUCAAAUGGCAUUUUCAUAAGCUUCCUCAAACGGCGUGUGUGUGAAGAUGAGAAAGUCACAGUCAUGCUUGACAGAGUGGCUGAAGACAUGGGUCGCUGUGCGAUCACACGAGGGAGGCAGGCUCUGGAGCUGCGCAGUAAUCUGUCUGAAAGACGCUCCCUCACUGAUGCCAUACAGACUUCCGACUGCUGCUCCGAGUCCUAUUCGGCCAGAAACCUGCAGUGGGCUGUUGCUCACGUUCUACCACAGAGUCUUUGCCUGCAGUUUGACUGUGGUGUGAAGGUUCAGCUGGGGUUUGCGGCCGAGUUCUCCAACGUCAUGGUCAUAUAUACUCGCAUACUUGAGAAGCCCAAAGAAAUUGUCUCCUGCUGUGCUCAGCUUACUGACUUCCCUGAGGAUGUGGACAUUGAUUUGAAGAAGACUAACCAGGAGACUCUGCUUGAAGCGGGCAGUUUAUUAUUGAUCAAAGAAAAUCUUCCUUCACCCGAGGUUCCUAGUCUCUACACACGCAUCCGGAGCCUGCAGAGACUCAAGACGGAGCUCACCUUCACCACCUGCCUUCAUUACACCUAUUCCAACAUGGAUGAAGAAGUGCAGGAAAGGCAAACAGUGACAGUUGGUAAACCGCUGGUCUCCAAACUCAAUCUGCAUGAACCACGAGUGCCUCACGCCUGCUCUGGCUCCUCAUCCUUCAGCCUUGACUCCUUCACCGUUACCGAGGGCCCUUCCUUUGCCUCUGUUGGUUCAACCUCCAGUGAUUGGUCAUAUUAUGCACAAACUUCCAGAGAAUCUUCCAGCACUGACUCUCCAACUACAUCCAGAAGUGCCAAUAUACCGGAGGAGACUGACAGUCCUGAAUUAUUUGAUGCCCCUAAAUCCCUUGUUGCCAGCAAAAGCUUGCCCCACAGCCAAGUAAAUGACACAAACUACAAAUUUAGUGACAUGUACAAUUUUCAUUCUCACUAAGAGGAGAUUUGAUCAUUACACACCGAUAAAUCAGAGGUACACAUAAUGAAAAGAUGGGGAUAAGCAUUUAAAAUGGUCAUUUCAGAGAUAUGUGGUCCAUUUAAUUGUUAUCUUCAUAUUAACUAUGCAUUCAAUGCUUGUAAAGUUUUAUUACAUUUUUAUAACCAUCUGAUACAAAAUGAUGAAUUGAAAAAGUAAUUACACUGCGGAUCAACUUUGAUGUGUGUUCUGAGUGUAGGAGGGAAGAAAUUAAACAACCUUCUAAGGUGAUUUAACUUAA